UGAAUUUUUCAGGCCGUCUGGAGCUGUGCGGUGAAAGAAGAUGAUGUUGGAUUUGGAAGGCCAGUGGACAGACCUGCUGGCUGCUAACAACAUCAUGAGCAUCAUUCACGGGCUGAGGAAGAUCACAGAGGAUGAUAAAGCUGACGUGGAUGAAACCCUGUCCUCCUUUUCCUGCUGGUUGCAGAGGACCUCAGAGUUUACAAAGAAGGAGCUACUGAGCCUGUGCUUUAGCCGCUGCCAGGGUCUGUGGAUGUUCUUGAACCAUUACUCCUUUCGCAGAGUCCACCACCUGCUGCUCAAGCUCAGGAACCUGCUCACGCUGGUUCAGUGGGCGAGAAGGAAGCUCCAUCCUGGACUCUACUGCCAUGGUUACAAAGACACUUCCUCAAAUGCGAGGCGUCGCUCCUGGAUUCGAGAACACAGAGAUUUGAAACAGCACCUGUGGCUUGGUCGUCUGGUGGAGUGGUGGAGCCUCAUGGGACUUUUACCCAAGCGCUCCGAGGUGCAAGGGGAAAAACAAAUCUCUCACAUGUGGAAAGAAAUGAGUCAGAGUCAUCACAAAUCUGGAUUGGCGGACAGUGAAUGCAGCACGGUCAUCCAAGGCUUGGUGACCCAUCUCGUCAAACAACAUGGCUGCCUGUGGACACCUGAAAGCAGUGGGCAGCAGUGCUACCCUCCUCCCAGUCUGAAGGCCCUGCUGAAGCUGGUGUUAGUCCCUCAUGUGGAGACACAGUCUGUCCAGGCCAUUAUCAUGUACUUCAUCUUGGACAUAACCAAAGUUUUACAGUGCCGAAAUGAUCUUUUUAAGUCAUUCUGCAACUCAUUCACUAUUCCUCACAUGUUUUCAUCGCAAAUUAAAGCGUUUUGGAUGCUUGAUCACGGCCAAAUCAAGACGGCUGUGGAGCUGUUGCUAAGCCCGAGGACGGCUCUACCCCAGUUUUCAUGGCAGCAUCAUUGCAUCAUCAAAUCGUUGCUGUUGAGGAAAGAACGUCAGAUGGCUUUACGAUACUUGUGUUUGACGAGCCCUGCCAUGGAGAGUGUGGAAGAUGCGAAGCUCAGUGCAGAUGUGUGGUUGCAAAACAGUUGUGUGUCUGAAGCAUGGACUGUGGUGAAAAGAAACAACACAGAAAAUGGAGAUAUGGUGGCGCACUUUCUAAAGGCCUGUAAUGAAUUUGGUUUAAGAGCGGAGGCGAGCAAGUACAUCCCCCCCGGGUAUAAAGUUCAAAGUGAAAAUUAUAUUGAAGUUGCUUCAUUGCAUUUAACAGACCCUGCUCCAUGUCCACUGUCAGCCGCUCUGUACCGAGCUCAGAGAGAGCGAGCGCUGUCCUCUGAGCAGCUUCUCAGGCUCUUCAUCCAGUCUGUCACAGCACUGAGAUCGCCCCCUGUUUGCACGCUCAGAGAGUUCACUUGGGCUCAGCGUGAACAGAAGGAGGCCAAGGCUGAGAGCUCAGAGGUGUUCCUGUCCACUGAGGUUCAAUACCUCCGCUCCCCCAGUCCAUCCAUAGUGGAACCCAGAUCCGAUGACUGUAAUAGCACAGAUAAUCCAGAUCGCCACUCUUUCUGCACCUCCCCAGCGCUUGUCCCCACCAGACGACACGUGUCCUUCUCCUCUGUUUCCUCUCUGUCUCCCAUAAGAAAAGACCAGACCUUCUCCUACGAGUCCACCGUGACCCUGCAACAGAUAUCUGCUCUUCUCAUCGACGAUCAGGGAGGAGACGAGGAGGAGCUGAGCCAAGUCUCUUUAAGUGCUGAAGUUUUUCCGGAGUGCUCUGAUCGGACACUAGAGGGCUCUGCUGUCCCUGUGAUAGAACGCUCACAUUCCCCACACAGUUUUCGGAGCAGGUUCUACAGCACUGAUUGCAUUUCAGAUCUUCCAUCACUUCCUGAAGAGAUUGUUCAAACUCCAACCAAGUCAGAGAAACACAAGGACAGUAAUUCUGACGUAUUUCAAGACAGUGAACCAGGCAUUUCAAAAAGUUUGCUGCAAGAUGAACUUCAGAAGGACAAAUCUGAGCUGAAGCCCCCAUGCAGAGGUAGUGUCUGUUGUACAGUCUGUGGCCGUGUCCGGUGAAAGCUCCUCUAACCUCCGGCUAAAUGUUGAGGACCAGACAGCUCCAGCAGACGGGCCCGAGGACGGGGUCUCCAACGCCACAGCAGAAUUUGGCACUUCAUCUAUAUCUACAAUUGGACCACACCAGCUUCAUUCAUUCACGGUGUUUCCCUAUGCGCCCCCUAUGACGCACAAAGAAUACAGCCAAGAUGGAAAACAGCCUGACAAAGACUACGCGGCACAUCGGAAUGCUACCGGCAAAAUGUCCGUGAGGAGCAGUCGCAAAAAGAAAAAAAUGAAAUGAGGAUGGGUGGAAAAUGCCGGAGGUUGCCCGUCCACUAGAGGGAGUCAGAGAGCAGAGUGGUGCUGGUGAAGGGGAGAGCCACCUUGUCGUCUGGAGCAGAUGGGGGCAGUGAAGCGGCUCAGAUGGUUGUGACAGCUAUACCUGGUUUGGUUUUAAGAUGUGUUGUUGUGACUAAAGAAAGAGCCACAGGAGAGAGGAGAGGGAGGAAAAGAAAAGACAUGACCUGUGCCGACCUUACGGAGAAAACACUUGACUUAGCUCUUAAACUUAAGCUCUUAACAGUCACUUCACAUUAGUGUUCUUCACACAGGUGUUGUUGAGCCAGGGACGCGUAGUUAAAGGUGCACAGUGUAACUUUUUGAUUGGGGAUCCGUCACUUGCUUGUUUCUAUGGAUGUGUCAUUGCAUUUACUUACAUUUUUUCGAUCACAGGUGGUUUUAUAGCUCAAACAUAUCUAGAUAAACAGGCAUUCUGACUGUGAGCAGGGUCGCCUCUCCACAGAUCUGACCUGCCA